AUGGUUGAUAAAUUACAGUUAGCAGAUAUUAUAUUGGACAAGUUAGCAGAUGUUGUUUUGGACGCGUUAGCAGAUGUUGUAUUGGACAAGUUAGCAGAUGUUGUUUUGGACAAGUUGGCAGAUGUUAUAUUGGACGCGUUGGCAGAUGUUAUAUUGGACACGUUGGCAGAUGUUGCUUCAGACGCGUUGGCAGAGACUCUCAAGGAUUUUCUUUGA